GUUCACAACAUAUUCUUCGCUAAAACAGUGUUGCUGCCAUUUAUUACGUGAUAUAUUUUUUCUAAGAAAAAAAAAAAAUUAACAAAAGUGAAACAAAACAUACGGUUAACUAUACGUGUAAAGAGUACAACUAUAUAUAUUUAUGUACAAGCAUAAACGAGAAAGAAAAAAAUUUUCCAUUUGUUCUCAAACGCAAACACCCGUGUAAAAAAAUUGUAAUUUUAAAUUGAAAUUUCAUUUGUUAAACAGUGAAAAUAAUUGAAAAUUCCAUAAUUAAAAAAUAAUUUAAUAUUUCUAUUAACGUUUUAUAAUUGUUUUGUGUGCGGAUGCCUCUAGAAAUGCCCGAAAAUUCAUGAUUAAAAUUAAAGACAUCUGAGAUGCAUCAAACAUGAAUGAAGGUGAGUCAGCAGGAGGGGGGCAUCAAGGGUCUAACCCGGCCCCUCCUGCUGUGCCAGACCGCAUAUCAUCAACAACAACAACAACAAAUAUUGUAACACACUCAAUAAAAACUACGUCAAAUAUAGCUAAUCAAAGCUUCGCGUCGACGUUGACUACAACACCUGUUGUUGCUUCUGCACCAUUACAACAGCAACAACAACAACAGCAGCCACAAGUAACCAGCCCAAUACCAAGAAGUUUUCAACAAGCUUUUGCUCAACAGCACUUACAAAUUUCCGAUACAUUACCAUUAAAUACAAGCUCCAUAUCAUUAGCAUCAUCAUCAUCAUCUUCAUUGUUAACCUCAUCGUCAACAGCAACAUUAAAGACGGCUAAAACAGGAAUACAAAUAACGUCACCGUCUAAGGGUCAUAUGCCUCAAACGCCAAUACGAACAACAACGGAUUUAACAGCUGCUACUGCUACAAAUCAAAACUCAGCGACUACAACGCAACCACAACAAGAACACCCGCAACAAUUAAGUUCAUUCCCUGGCUCAUUAACAGCUAUUAAUACUGAUAACACAAUAUCUUCACCUCUCAGCAAACGUAAAAAAUUAGACGAAGCUCAUUUGCAACAACAGCAACAACAACUGCAAGAAAAUCAUACAAUUUUAUCAGCAGCCGGCAUUAGCGGUGUUAGUAGUUGUAGUAGUAAUACAUCUUUAGUAGGUUCUUUAUUGCCAACCUCAACGUCUACUUCUUUAAUAAGCAACAGUUCAUCAUUAGCAUCGUCUUCAUUAUCAGCAUCUUUAGUAACAGCAACGGUAGCAGGAGCAGCAGUAGUAUCAACAGCAACAACGCAUGAUAUACAAAAUUUAAAGAAACGUAUAUUAGAACAGAAAUAUUUACGUUUACGUAGAUUAAAGGAAAAACAUACUGAAAAUGUCGCCGAAUUGUUUUAUUUGCAAACCGGUGGCAAUAUGAUGGACUAUCCUACGUGGCGUAAAAAAGCACCUACCCCACAGUUCAUCACCUUUAGCAAUGCCUAUCGUUUGGAACAAUUGGUUAACGAUGAAAGAACAGCAGCAGCAACAACAACAACAGCAACGACCGCUACAACAGGAACGCCAACAUCAUCAACAACAUCAACAACAGCAACAGCUAUUAAUGUUGGUACAACGGCGGUUUCUUUACUACCACAACACCAGCAACACUUACAGUCACAACAAUCAAUACCAGUUGCUGAUAAUAUAGCUACAAUUAUUGGUGUGUCUGGUGCUGGUGGUGUUAGUAGUAAUAGUAGUAGUAUUAUCAGCAGCAAUAAUGCUAAUCAUACAACCAACACAACACAACAAACGAAUACGCAAUCUCAUCCAACAUCUCUAAUACAAAGCUCAUCAUCAUCAUUAGCAGCAGUAACAUCAACAUCUGCCACAACCACCUCUUCAUCCACCUCCUUAACAGCAAACACUUCAUUGGUCUCAAAUUAUGGACGUCUGCCAAGCAGUACAACCAACAAACAACAACAUCCAAGCAACGCAACAUCGUCAACUGUAUACUCAACUUCCAGCUCCUCCUCCGCCUCCUCAACAGCGCCAUCUGCCUCUUCAAAUGCAAAUGCAACGCCUAAUACACAACAACAGACAUUAACGGCCACAGAUGCCAGUGGUAAUCCAUUGCCUCCUCAAGGAGCAGAAAUAAAAAUACCUGCUGUUGGUGCCACACCAGUGGCAGUGUCAACAAAAUUACCAGCUGCCGUACAACAAUUAACCCAGCAAGGUGGUACACCAUUGAUACCCUGCAGUAUAGCGCAAGGUUCUACAACAUUACGGCGCAAUGGUAAUGGUGUUGUCACCAGUUCAAAUACUCCUCCGCCCUUGUAUUCUCCUACACCUAGUGGUUUAUUGGUGCCAGCUGGUUCGGCAAGUGCGGCUACAGCAGCGGCUGCUGCUGGUGGUUCAUCGGCGGCCACUACACCGAAUAGUAAUCAAGAGUUUUCCUUCAAGGCUAAACAGGAAGUCGAUGUUAUGCGUCGUAUUAUGGAAUUACAACGAGAGGGAUUAUGGACUGAAAAACGUUUACCAAAACAAAUGGAGCCACCACGGCCAAAAGCCCAUUGGGAUUAUUUGCUGGAAGAAAUGGUUUGGUUGGCAGCUGAUUUUGCGCAAGAGCGUAAAUGGAAAAAGGCUGCCGCCAAGAAAUGUGCCAAAAUGGUACAGAAAUAUUUUCAAGAUAAAGCCAAUGCUGCUCAAAAAGCCGAAAAGGCUCAAGAGUUGCAUCUAAAGCGUGUGGCGGCUUUCAUAGCCAAAGAGGUGAAAAUGUUUUGGGGUAACGUUGAAAAACUGGUUGAAUAUAAACAUCACACUAAAAUCGAGGAAAAACGUAAAAAGGCCCUGGAUCAACAUUUAUCGUUUAUUGUCGAUCAAACGGAAAAGUUUUCACAACAAUUGGCGGAGGGUAUGAAUAAGACCAUAAAAGAUGCUUCAACGAAUCCCAGCAUAAAUUCAAGUCGUAUAUCUUCACCAAAAAGAGAUAAUACCGAUGAUGAAUUUCGUCCGGAUUCUGCUUCUGAAGACGAUGAAGAGACUAUAGCCAAAGCCGAGGAAGAAGACAAUGCCGAUGUUGAUGCAGAAGUGGCGGCUUUAGAAAAAGAAUCUCAAAUGGAUUUGGAUGAUUUUCUUAAAGAUUUGCCUAAAGGAUAUUUGGAAAAUCGUGAUAAAAUCGUGCUAGAAGAGGAUACCACAGUAACAACCUCCUCUGGAGCUGCCACUUCAACCAGCAAAAAGGACACCGACAGUGAUGAUGGUGAAUUUGAAGCGAAUGAAACCAGUGAAGAUGAUGAGAAUACCAUUAGUAAGCAAGAGGAAGAAGAAAUGGAUGUAGAUCAUCAAAAAGAAAUCGAUGAACUAGAGGCUGACAAUGAUUUAACCGUUGAAGAACUAAUGGCUAAAUAUAAAUCCGGACAAGUCGAUAAUGACACAAAAGCCAGUACAUCGAAUAGAAAAAUUAAAAAAGUGGUUGAUUUCGAAGAUGAGGAUGAAGUUAUAAGUCGAGCCAUGCGUGACUCCGAUGAUGAUUCUACAGCCGAUGAAGAGAAUGAGUCCGAUGAUGAAGAAGAAGUGGAAACAGACAGUGAAGACGACGAGGAAGAAGAGGAUGAGAAUGCUGAAGAAACAGAAGAAAAUGAACAAGAUGCAGGCUUAAAAAGUCUGCUAGAAGAUUCAUCUAAUGCCAACAAUAGCAGUAAAGAUGAUAUGAUCAAAGAUGCUGCCGCUUUGGCUGAAUCGUUACAGCCCAAAGGCAAUACCUUAUCCUCCACUAAUGUCGUUACACCAGUACCCUUCUUACUCAAACACUCAUUGCGUGAAUAUCAACACAUUGGCCUCGACUGGCUGGUAACCAUGAAUGAACGCAAACUUAAUGGCAUUUUAGCCGAUGAAAUGGGUUUAGGUAAAACUAUACAAACCAUUGCUCUAUUAGCACAUUUAGCCUGUGUCAAAGGUAACUGGGGUCCUCAUCUGAUUGUGGUACCCUCUUCUGUCAUGCUAAAUUGGGAAAUGGAAUUUAAAAAAUGGUGUCCUGGUUUUAAAAUACUCACCUAUUAUGGUUCACAAAAAGAACGCAAACUUAAACGUGUCGGUUGGACUAAACCCAAUGCAUUUCAUGUGUGUAUAACAUCUUAUAAACUCGUGGUACAAGAUCAACAAAGUUUUCGUCGUAAAAAAUGGAAAUAUCUUAUAUUGGAUGAGGCUCAAAAUAUUAAGAAUUUUAAAUCGCAACGUUGGCAAUUGCUAUUGAAUUUCUCAACGGAAAGACGUUUGCUGCUAACCGGCACUCCUUUGCAAAAUGAUUUAAUGGAAUUAUGGUCAUUAAUGCAUUUUCUUAUGCCCUAUGUUUUCUCAUCACAUCGUGAGUUUAAGGAAUGGUUUUCCAAUCCAAUGACCGGUAUGAUUGAGGGUAAUAUGGAGUAUAAUGAACAGUUGAUACAAAGGCUGCAUAAAGUGAUUAGACCCUUUUUAUUGAGACGUCUAAAGAAGGAGGUGGAAAAACAAAUGCCCAAAAAGUAUGAACAUGUUGUCAUGUGCCGUUUAUCAAAUCGUCAGCGUUAUUUGUAUGAUGAUUUCAUGAGUCGCUCCAAAACUAGAGAAACCUUGUCCACGGGCAAUUUAUUAAGCGUUAUUAAUGUUCUUAUGCAAUUGCGUAAAGUUUGUAAUCAUCCCAAUAUGUUUGAAGUUCGUCCCACAUUGUCACCCUUUCAAAUGGAAGGUAUAUCAUAUGAAACUUCACGUUUAAUAUGUGAUCUAAUGGAAUAUGAUCCAUUUACGCAAAUCGAUUUACAUUCUCUUAAUUUGUUACUUGUUGAAUUGGAACUUACACUCACUGCGUAUGUCUCUCACAAAUCACGUUUACUGGCAGCGCCACGUAAAUUAAUUGAAGAAAUCGAUACUAUACCAGAACCGCCUCCAAGAUGUCCCACAGGAAAAUAUAAAUUUCAUAUACGUGUUAGAGAUGUAAAGGUACAACAAAGUAUCAAUACACAUGCGAGGCAAACGGUUAAGGUGGGUGCCAGUCCGGCUAUGCGGAAAGAAGGCAAUAAAUUUGUGCCAGUAAAUCCAGCGCUGGCCACAAUGCCAGCCGUUGGAGCCGGCGUAGGUGAAACAACUAAUAGUCGUAUAGGCAAACGUAUAAAUAAUGUUAUCAAUCCAGUGGGUGCACCCAAACUUGGACCAAUAACACCGGCAUGCAUCACAACCAGAUCUCGAGAUGUUUCCAUGACCGAUGUCGCAAUGGGACCAACGCCAGCGAAACAGUUAAAGCUACAGGACACCAUCAAUGGUGAGACAUUAAAGACAACAGUUAAAACAGAACAAACAAGAGAUGACAAAACUCUAGUGGCGGCUUUGGCGCAACAGGUUAAAACCAAUAGUUCGUCUAGACUAAAUGAAGAUAUAACUGUUAAGACUGAACCCAAGGAUGAUAUAGACGAUGAUACAUCAUCUGAAUUGGAUCCCAUAUAUAAUAUGAGCGAUAUUUUGCAACAGCGUAAAGAACAACGACUAGCACGUCUCAAGUUAAUGGCUAAUGUCAAUAAGAGACGCACAGAAGCAACACCGAUUUAUGGUGCUGAUUGUCGAGAGUCCAUAGAACAAUGCAAAGAAGCCAGUAAUCUUUUAAGAUUCUCCAGUUGGCAAACUAGAGGUUUAACAAACUGUUCUACAGCCAUGACGAGACGUGGUGAAAAUUGGACCUUAAAUAAAAUGUUAAAAUCCUACGAACAGCGUUGUGAAGAUCUUAAGCAAAUAUUUCAAAAUUUUGUCAUAUACGUACCGUCCGCUUGUGCUCCCCGCAUACGUUUCUAUGUUAAUAACUUAACGUCUAGACGUUAUUUGAAAGAACAACAAGUCGAGAGCACUAUACAACGUGAAAUGUCACCUAAACUGACCAUGUUACAUCCGAUUAUAUCGGCCAUGACAACACAAUUUCCCGAUCCUCGUCUCAUACAAUAUGACUGCGGUAAAUUGCAGACCAUGGAUCGUUUGUUGAAACAAUUAAAGUCGGGUCAUCAUCGUGUUUUGAUCUUUACACAAAUGACCAAAAUGUUGGAUGUUUUAGAAGCCUUCCUUAACUAUCAUGGUCACAUCUAUUUACGUUUAGAUGGUGCCACUAAAGUCGAGCAAAGACAAUUGCUUAUGGAACGUUUCAAUACAGACAAACGUAUAUUCUGUUUUAUUUUAUCAACACGUUCGGGAGGUGUAGGUAUUAAUUUGACUGGAGCUGAUACUGUGAUAUUUUACGAUUCAGACUGGAAUCCCACCAUGGAUGCUCAGGCGCAGGAUCGCUGUCAUCGCAUUGGACAAACUAGAGAUGUACACAUCUAUCGUUUAGUUUCCGAAAAGACCAUCGAAGUCAAUAUACUCAAGAAGGCCAAUCAAAAGCGUAUGCUUAGUGAUAUGGCCAUUGAGGGUGGUAAUUUUACCACUUCGUUCUUUAAGAGUUCAACCAUUAAGGAUCUCUUUAAUGUGGAGACACAACAACAAAUGGGUGAUAACAGCAAUAAUACAACAACAACUAAAGCACAACAGGAGGCAUAUGAUAAACCUAGUACAUCUACGGCGGUGUUAGAAAAUACUGAAGUUGAUUUAGAGAAACAAUCUCUAAAAGCAUUUGAAAGCGCUUUAGCUGCUGCCGAAGAUGAACAGGAUGUUCAAGCUACAAAAACUGCUAAAGCUGAAGUGGCCGCAGAUUUAGCUGAAUUUGAUGAAAACAUUCCGUUGGAUGAAACCACAACAGCGGCCGAUACUAAUGUUGAACUUAGUAAGGCCGAUUUGGAAAUGCAAAAUUUGGUUAAACAGCUCUCACCCAUUGAACGUUACGCCAUGCGUUUUGUUGAAGAAACUGGUGCCGCUUGGACAGCAGAACAAUUGCGUGCUGCCGAAGCUGAGCUAGAGGCCCAAAAACGAGAAUGGGAAGCUAAUCGUUUGGCAGCACUGCAAAAAGAAGCCGAACUGCUAAAACAGGAAGAGAGUGCUGAAGAACCUCUAACCUAUUCACGAAAGGAUGCAACAAAUCAGGUUAAUAAAUCUACUAAUAAUAAGAACAAUAACAAAAAUCGUAGCAAUAAAACUAAUGUAGCGGCUAAACGUAAGAUCCAAACAAAUAAACAAAGAUUAGCGGCUUUAAGAAACCGUAAGGGUUCGUCCACCACAGCAACAGCUCAAACAGCUGGAGCUAAAGCCCAACGUAAUCGUAGAGAAUUACAAAUAAGAAGACGACGUUCUAGCACUAGACUGCAGAAUAAACCCACAGCAACUAAAACAGCUAGGCAGGAUAAAACACGUGUUAGAAAUCGUAAUAGUAGGGGGGAAAGUAAUAACAAUAGCACUCAAGACGAAAGUAGUAAUGAUAGUAAUAGUGAAGAAGUUAGUGAUGAGAAUGAGGAAGAAGAGGCGGAUGAGGAAGAAGAAAAUGAAAAUCUAACAGAACAGGAAGAUAGUGAAAAUGAUACACAAAAUGAAGAGCUAGAAGAUGAAGAAGAUAAUGAGUUACAAACUAGUGAAGAGGGAAGCGAAGAUGAACAAGGGCAGGAAUCAGUGAAGAAAAAAAUAGUUAAACAAACAAAUAAAUUCCGAAAGCUUAGAAAAGUCAUAGACUAUGACGAAGAUGAAAUAGUAAAUAGGCGCAGGUUGAGAUCUUUAAAUCGCUCAGCUGCUUCUCGUGGUAGUUUAAAUAGUUCCUCCAACAAGGAAACUUUAACUAGCUCUAGAACUAAACAAGCUAAGGGACAAAAGUCUUCUUGUAAUGUAACCAAUAGAAAGACCACACGCACAUCAAUGGCGGCAGCAGCUGCAGCAGGCAAUGAUUUGAAAACAAGUUCAAAAACACAAACGGGUGUGAAAAAUCAAAAACUUUUAAGUUUUGCACAAAAACGUAUGCAACAAAAAAGACGACAGGAAAUGUUGCGCAAAAAGCAACAAGAAACAACAGAACAAAGAAAACGGAAAUUGAGUGUGAGUCCAGGCAAAGGAGCUGCAACUUCCACAGCAAAGAGAAGAGCAACAGUGACAGCUAAUACCACACGCAGGGUUUUAAGACAUAGUCCCAGAAAGGCAGCACAAAAGGAAGAAGAACAUGAAAAUGAAGAAGAGGAAGAAGAAGCAGAAGACAAACCAGAAGAUCUUAAUUUAGAGGAUGAUAGCCAAGAAACUAUUGAACACAAUGAAACUGAAGAUGAUGAACUAGAAGAAAGUGAAACAGAUGAACACAAACCGGUUAGGGAAAAGGCAAAAACAACAAAAACAAAUGCUCCUCGUACGAUACAUAAUUUGUCCAUACGAAGUCGUGGUGGCAAAACUAUGAAAAUGGAUGAAGAGGUGGAUAAUGAAGAAAAACACGAAGAUAAUGAAAAUACUCAUGAUAUAGAUAAUGACGAAGAAGAUGAUGAUAAAUCUAGUUAUGCCACAGCUGGUGAUAAUGAUAAUUAUGGAGAAGAUGACUAUGAUGAUAAUUAUAAUCACAGUGAAGAGGACAAUCCUAAUCACCAGCAACGUCAUAACCAAAAUCAACAUCAGCCUGAUGCUGGCAAUUCCUCCAGCAUGGAUGUUUGGGCGGCUCACAAUCAAGAUACCACAACUAAUUCCACCUAUUACAAUGUAUCUGAUGAGUCGGAAUCCGAGGAUAAUGAUAGUCUAUCCAAUUUAAAUUCGACCAUUAAAAAGACAACCUUGUCCGCCAACAAAUCCAAUACAAAUUUACAUUCUAGCCUAAGAAAUCAGACUGGUCAUAGUACACCGCUACAACAAAACGAUAAUCAUACGCCACGAACACGUUCUAGAGGUUCAGUUAAAAUAAAUCUAUGGACUUUAGAUGAAAGUCCUGUUUUACCAACCAUUACACGGCAUCAUCAUCAUCAUAAUGCUGGUGGAAAGGUUAAUAGAAAUCAACAUAAAUCCGAUGAUGAAACAUUAAAAGCACAUGAUCAUAAAACUGCAAUAAAAGCAAUAAGCAGUAGUUUAAAAAAGACUAAAAAUGAAACUCCCACAAAAACAGCCUCUACGUCUAAUACUUUACAUCGUUGGCUUUUAAAAACACCACGUAACCAACAGCAGCAACAUCAACAAAAUGAAGGAAAUUCAACGGUUAAUGGCCCUACAAAAUCCUUAAGUGAAUCUUCCAAUUCAUGAUGCUGAUCAUUGUUGAGAGAGAAAAAAUAAAUAGGAAACAGUAUUAAUUAAAACAGUCAAAUCAUAAUUUGCCUUUGUAAUAUUUGAAAGAAAGAACAAAAAAACAUAAAAUUGUUUUUAAAUAGUUGUUGAUGUUAUUGCUGUGUGUGUGUGAGCUAAUUUAAUAAUUUGUGGUUUCUUUUUUAUUGGUUUUCAAUUUAAGGAACUAAUGUUUAUUUAUUUAUGAUUAACAAUAUUCAUUUAAACUGCCACUAGAAGAAAGAUUUUGUUUAUUUCAUCUUUUUGUGGAUUAGAACAAAAAGCGGUGUUUAAGGGAAAUGUUUUUAAGAAAGUUUGUUGUCAUUAUUUUGUAGGAAAACACUUAGAAUAAAUAAUAAAUUGGCCCUGUGUCUGAGGUUUUGACGUUUAACUGCUGUUUAAUUUAAACUGCAGUUAAAUGGAAAACUUAUUACAUAAAAUUAUCAUUCAAAUGUUUAAUAAUUUGUAUGUCUGACUUGGAAUUCUUUUCUGUAACAAGUUUUCUUAAAAUUUCGUCAGCAGAAACUAUACAAAUCGGUUUUGUUUUCAUUAACAGUUGACUGCGAGGAAGUCUCCUUUUAAAAUUGUGAAAAUUAAGUGAAAUAGAAAACUAUUUCCAUCAUUUAAAUGUUCAAAAAUUUGAGUGUUGAACUUAAAAGUUGUUUCUUAAACAAGUUCUACUUGAAAUUUCAUCAUAAAGCUAUACAAAUAGAAUUUUCUUACAUUAAGAGUUGAAAUCAAGGAGCUGAACCGUUUUUUCAGUUCAACAGUUUAAACGACAGUUAAUCUAAAAACUAAUUUAUUAUAAUAAAGAAUAAGAAUUUAUUAAUAUUUUAAUUUGUUGCCGAAACGAGUCCCCUUUAGCUAUAGAGAAGGAUUUUGCUACUUUAAAUAGUUUUCUAUACAAGGUCUAACUUUAACUACUCGUUUUUCUUAACUAUCUUACAGUUCAACUUAACAUUUUCUUAAUACAGUCGUUUUCUUAACAAUGUUCAAAUUGUCGAUUUAAAAUUGCACUCAGAUUAACUAAACGUUUUCUAAACAAAAGUAUAUUUUAGUUUAACUCAUUCUUUUCUAAAAAUGGCGUUUAGUUUUACUAAUCUUGUUUUUAAACCCAGUCUUAUUAAUUGUUUUCAAAACAAACUUUAGUUUUUUGAUUAAAAUUUUCCUGCAGAUUAACUAAUGUUUUUGAGAAUCUAAAACCUAUUCAAAACGUUUCUAAAACCUUUGUUUCUAAACGUUUCUAAAACUUAUGUUUCUAAACGUUUCUAAAACCUAUCUUAAGUUUAACUUUCGUUUAACUAAACCUUUUCGAAACACUGUUUAAGAUUUGUCUUUUAAAGUAAACUCUUGAUGAAACGAAGUUUAACUGGUUGGCAUAGAUAAAGGUUUAAGAAAGAUUUGCAAAACUAGGAUGCGAUGUGUUUUUAAAUUUUGAGUUUAACUAAACGUUUUCUAAACAAAGUUUGAUUGCUUUAAUCGUCUUUUAAACAAAGUUUAUUUUGUUAAUUUUAAAGAACGUUACAGUUUACGAUUCGAUUUUAACAACGUUUUUUGUUUAAGUAAUCUGUUUAUAAAACGAAGUUUAACUAGAUGUUAUAGAUUUAACUAGUUGUUAAGAUCUUUUGUUGAAAUAAACUGCUGAUGAAAAGAAGUUUUACUAGUUGACAUACAUAAGGGCUAGAAAAAGAUUUAAAAAAGUUUUUUUUUUAACUUUUAGUUUAACUAAGCGAUUUGUAAACUAAUUGUUUUCUAAACAAAGUUUUAAGGCAGUAAUCGAUUUUUAAACCAAGUUUAUUUUGUUUAUUAAAAGGAACGUUUAGUUUUCUAAACACAGUUUAAGAUUUGGUUUUAAAAACGCUUCUUGUUUAAGUAAACUGUUCAUAAAACAAAGUUUAACUAGUUGUUAUAGAUUUAACUAGUUGUUUAGACCUCUUGUUGAAAUAAACUGCUGAUGAAAAGAAGUUUAACUAGUUGACAUUUAUAAGGGUUUGAGAAAGAUUUAAAAAACAUUUUAACUAAACGUUUUGUAAACUAAUUGUUUUCUAAAAUAAGUUUUAUUGCAGUAAUCGGUUUUUAAACAAUGUUUAUUAAAAAGAACAUUUAGAUUUCUAAACACAGUUUAAGAGUUGGUUUUAAAAACGCCUCUUGUUUAAGUAAUCUGUUUAUGAAAUAAAGUUUUGCUAGGUGUUAUAGAUUAAACUAGUUGUUAAGACCUUCUUUUGAAAUAAACUGCUGUUGAAAUGAAGUUUAAAAAGAAGUUUAAAAGAACUUUAAAAAACAGUUUAACUAAACGUUUUCUAAACUAAUUGUUUCCUAAACAAAGUUUUAUUGCUGUAAUCGACUUUUAAACAAAGUUUAUUAAAAAGAACAUUUAGUUUUCUAAACACAGUUUAAGACUUGUUUUUAAAAACGCCUCUUGUUUAAGUAAUCUGUUUAUGAAAUGAAGUUUAACUAGUUGUUAAGGCCUCUUGUUGAAAUAAACUGCUUAACUAGUUUGAGAAAAAUUGGACUUUGGUUUAAAAACGGCUUUAGUUUAAAUAAACUGUUUAUGGAAUUAAGUUUAACUGGUUGUUAUAGAUUUGUUUCUAUAGUUCGUUUAAGUAAACCUUGACGUAAAAGAAUAAACUUUUUAAAGAAAAGCUAAUAACUUUUAUAAGUUCUAGUUAAAAUAAGUGGAUAACUAUCAGCCAUUAGCAAAGAAAAAUUUCUUUUAAAAAUUCCUUAAACACCCAUUUUUUUAAUACCACAAAAGAAAUGCUGCUUGCCCUCUUGUUACAAAAAUUUCUUCACUUACUCCUGCUAUUGUGUUUAUUUUGAGA